AUGGCGUCUGCAGCGGCGCCGCCCCGUGCGCCGACAACAGUCUUUGAAAUCACAAAGCUGCAGAAUGACCUGAGAGCCAAGGACCGCCAGCUGGACACAGCGGCAAAGGAGGCCACGGCGCUGAAGUCCCAGGUGGCUGCCAAGGAAAGGCUGAUGCAGCAGCACACCGCAGAGAUCGGCCGCCUCAAAGACCGCGUCCUGAAGGCCGAGGGGGAUGCGGCCACCGCCAACAAGGAGCUGACAAACCUCAAGGCUGACAAGCGCAAGGCCGAGUCCGCCCAUACAGACCUGCAGCGCCACGUUGAGAAGCUCAAGGAGAAGGUUUCGCAGCUGAGCUCCAAGGGCCCAGGGUUCAGCGAGCAGGUGGCACGUCUGGAGUCUGAGGUGCGCAUGGUGAAGAAGGACAACGCAAAGCUGGCAGACGAGACCAAGGCGGUGACCAACCAGCUGCGCGCCAAGGACAAGGAGCUCACCGCUGCGCAGGCCAAGCUGGCAUGGGCCGCACAAGUAAAGGGGGACAGGGUUGAGGGGCGCAACAAGGCGCUGGAGAACGAGGUGCUGGCGCUGAGGAAGGCGGCGGAGCACGCAGUGGCGGAGAUGAGGACGCUGCAGAACGAGUACCGCCGCAAGGACCAGGACGUCUGCAUCCUGAGCACUGCGCUGGAGGAGCGCCGCGUGGAGCUGGACGCGACGCGCGAGGAGCUGGGGAUGGCGCAGGCGCAGAUCAAGGCGUCUGAGUCGCGCUGCUCAGAGCUGACCACUGAGCUCAGCGUGACGCGCGACGAGCUGGUGCGUGCAACCGCAGUGGCUGCGCGGGUGGCGGCAACGGAGCAGAAGUCUGGGCUCAAGGUUGAGGGCACCAUCCCCAUGGCGACUCACGUCGAGGAGGUCAAGUACCUGCAGGGCGAGGUGACACGCCUCAAGGACAAGCUGACGCUGGCGGAGAAAGACGUUGCCGUCGCACACAGCAUCAAGGAGCGCUACCGCUCAGCCCUGGAGGCGGCCAACCUCCCGCUGGCGCUGGACGUCGAGCGCGGCGCCGGCCGCGCCGCGGCGCGGCUGUCCCUCUCGCCCUCAAAGGCGCGCCGCUUCAUGGCGCCGACAGAAGCCGACGGGCAGGAGUUCGCCGAAGGCGAGGAGGGCGGCCAGGCGAAGCCGCUGCCGCCGCCGGGCGGCGUGGAGACGGUGCAGGAGGAGCCGGCGGCGGAGGAGGAGGCCGCGGCGGAGGAGGCGGAGCGGGAGGGGGAGGGGCGGCAGGGGGACGGCGCGCGUGGCUACCCGCUGCGCCGCAGGGCAGCGGCGGCUGCGGCGCUCCCCGAGGUGCCGGAGGAGGGGCCGUCUGACGAGGAGGGCGAGGGCGGCGCGGCCGACGCCGACGGCGGUGCAGGCACAGAUGCGGGCGCCAAGGGGCGUCGGGGCAGGGGGCGCGCGGCGGCGGCGCCCGCUGCGGCGGGCAAGGGGGGCCAGCAGCGGCGCAGCAGGCGGCUGCACAAGGACCAGCAGGAGGAGGUGGAGGCCGCGUGA